AUGCCGUCAACUACUGAUGAACUCAAGUCCCGCUUCCCGGACUUGGAGUGGUUUCCUCUGCCUACACCAGAAGAGCACCCCAGGUUUAUCUACGAACCUUCUCAAUCUGGAUCCACUGUCCUAGGGAAGGGUCACACUCGCUCACCCGGACGCCGAGCCUUUCCAACUGAAACCAUUUUUGAACAAGAUGUCGCGAUUCAGAUGCGAGACGGGAUUACGAUCUACGCCGACAUAUUCCGUCCCGUUGGCUCAGAUCAUGAGCACCCAGUCCCGGCAAUCUUACCCUGGAGCCCAUAUGGCAAGACUGGCACCGGAGUUCAGCAGUAUGAAAACAUGGCCCCUUUCCGAGUUGGUCUGAGAUUGGAACAGACGUCCGGUUACGAAAAGUUCGAAGGUCCUGAUCCCGCUGAGUGGAUGCAUCGUGGGUACGCCAUUGUGAAUAUCGAUGCUCGCGGUGCCGGUCGAUCCGAAGGAAAUCUAGUUUUCUGGGGGCAGCAAGAGGCGGAAGACAUCUAUGACACUAUUGAGUGGAUCUCCAACCAACCAUGGUGUAGUGGCUCCGUCGGUAUGGCCGGCAACUCAUGGUUGGCAAUCUCCCAGAUCAACUUUGGAUCUCGUCUAGAACAUCCGGCUCUCAAAGCCCUAGCACCAUGGGAAUGUCGAAACGAUAUCUAUCGCGACUCUCUCGUUCGGGGGGGGAGAAAACACAACCCCGGCCUCCAUAAAUUCCUUCUCGCUGGAUUUGCUGGUCCAAAUUCAGCUGAGAAUAUGCCCGCGAUGAUCCAUAAGCGGCCGCUCUUCGAUGAAUAUUGGGAGAGCAAAUAUAUCAACACCGUGAAUAUCAACGUUCCGCUUUACGUUGUUGCGUCUUAUUCGUCCCAGCUUCAUAGUCGCGGCGCUUUCCAUACCUUCCGGACCGCAAAGUCAUCUAAAAAGUGGCUACGUGUCCAUCCAUAUCAGGAAUGGUACGAUCUGUAUCGACCAGACAUGGUCGAUGAUCUUCAGAAAUACUUUGAUCGAUUUUUGAAAGGUAUUGACAAUGACUGGGAGCUGACCACGCCGAAGGUCCGCCUAUCUCUACUCGGGUUUGAAGCUGGAGGUGGCUUGAUUCAGACUGUACGCGAACGACCGGAAUCUGACUGGCCCGUGCCUCGUCAGAGCCUGAAGACGCUAUUCUUAAAUGCUUCAACCAAGAAGCUUCAAGUUGACAAGCCUUCUAAUAUCUCUUCUUGCUCGCAUUCUGGGGAAGAUAUGGAGGCCACCUCGGAUUUUAUUUUUAAUUUCCACGAUUAUACAGAGCUUGCUGGCUAUGCUAAAGCAGAACUCUGGAUGUCAUGCAAGGAACACGAUGAUUUUGACGUCGCGGUGCAGAUUAGAAAGAUCUCGAAAGAUGGAAAACCCUUAGAGCACCUUAACUAUCCGUGCCCGGUGGAAAUCGAGAAGGUUCCGAACGUGAACACGGCUAAGGCUUUGGGACCGCAGGGCUUCCUACGUGCCUCGCAUUCAUGCACACAGGUUGAGGAGUUGUCUACUCAGCAAGAAGUGUUCUACCAACACGAUCGGCGCGAAGCUGUUCGCCCAGGGUCAGUCGCUAAGCUUGAGAUCACAUUCUGGCCCAUGGGUAUGAUCUUUGCGCCUGGCGAAGGUAUCAUGCUUCGGGUCUCAGGUCAUGAUAUGUGCUACCCAGAGACGGACAAAAUCCCACCAGCAUCGAUCAACAACGAGAAUGUGGGAAAUCACGUUGUUCACACUGGUGGCGACCAUGAUUCGAAAUUGAUCCUGCCAUUUAUUUGA